AAAUUAUGGAUACGCAAUGGCAGAGCUCAAGCAUCUGCCUGGAUGUGGAACCCGGAGAUGUCGCAGUGUUUAGCGACAAUGGAAUGGCGGCAACUGCUUCGCCAUGGGAAGUGUAAAACUGGCAUCAUGAGCAUGCAGCUGCGGACACCGAAAACUAUUAUAAGGCUGUAGUCCUUUGCUGGAAAAAGACAAGGCGAAGACAUUGUCUUUUGCUCGGUACUGAUACAUUUCUUCCGAAAACAUCGACAGUAUGCAUCACCGAUGAGGAACCCUGCAGAAGCACCAUGCUGUCAAGACUACUUUCGAUCCCUCAUCAUCUGUGCGUGUGCGUGCUGGCAAGGGGGGUCAGUUUCGACUUCCAGUGACGCCCUGCAGCCGGGCUUUGUUGGCCACCUCUGGAGCUCUGUGCACACCACGACAUCAACAUCAUCUGGUUUCCUCGCUGCAUCGGAUUCUGUGGCCUUUUCACGUCCACCCGAUGGUUUGUCAACAGCAAGUGAUCUGUUGGGUUACAACUUCAAAGGUUUACCACCUGCCACGUUUCCAUGGUCACGUGACUCGCGUCUGGAGGGUGACCGCGAGUUAACGCGACCACGUGGGCUGUGCCAGUGGUCGCCUGCAACUGAAGGACUGAAGGAACACCACGCAGUUGCAGCGUGUUUCCCGUUGCCAGCCGCAUUGGUCGCAGAAACACAAAGAAAAGAGGCGUGUCGAUUAUUCGUGACGCCAGCGUCGUACACGUUCAGUAAGGACGCUUUCUUACGCCACGCUUGUGCUUGCCCUGCAGUUCGAGCGUCGUGGGCACUCGUUUUGGUUCGAGCCCUCUUGCGUAUGCUCGAAUUUCUGGGGUUGCAGCUCAUUUUCCUGGUUCUAUCUCUUUUACUCCUGUGGUUGCUUCUGCUGUUAUUGAAAGCGGUUGAAUGGUUUCUGGGCCUCAGCGUCAUUGACUUCGAGUUCAGCUUCGGUGAUGCCAGGCGGCAUCCCUUUGCUUCUACUACGACGGACCGGCAAGCUAGGCAGGAUGCAACGGAUGAAGGGCAGAACAACGAUUUCGCAUUCUCAUUCGAGGCGGAAGAGCACGAAACGGCCAACAUUCCCCCUGCCGGAUUGCAUAUGUGA